AUGAAGAUUCUCAUCUUCCCACAAUACAGCAUACCAGUCGAGUGUUCCAUUACACCACCGUCCUUUUCUUUUCCUUUUCCUUUUUCCUUCCUCCCUUCCCAACGCUCUUUGGAACCCUGCCCCCGAGGACCUCCUUCUCCCAGUCCGGCGGAAUCUGACAAUCUGAUUAUGCGUCUCCUUUUGAGCCUGGGCCUCGUCCUUGGUGGCCUCACGACUCUCAUGUACAUGUUAGAAUCACACCUCCCCAAAUUCUACCUCUUCACUCCCUCAGAACUACACUCGUUAUCCCUAGAAUCCCUCUCCCUUCAUGGAAACGACACGAGUGCGGUGGUUUCUCACAUCGUCUCUUCUCUCGCGUCAAAGCAUCCCGCACACGUGAACUUGGACGAAGAGUGGAUGUUCAAUAAUGCAGGAGGCGCCAUGGGUGCCAUGUACAUUAUUCACGCCUCUAUUACAGAGUAUUUGAUCAUCUUUGGCACAGCGGUUGGGACAGAGGGCCACACGGGCCGUCACACCGCCGACGAUUAUUUUCACAUUUUGAAGGGCGAGCAAGUGGCGUACGCGCCGGGCAAGGGCGUGUACGAGCCUGAGAGAUAUCCACAAGGUAGCGUUCAUCAUUUGAAGAGGGGCGAGGUCAAACAGUACAAGAUGGGGUCGAGUUGCUUUGCGCUGGAGUAUGCGAGGGGAUGGAUUCCGCCGAUGCUAUUCUUUGGCUAUGCCGACACCCUUUCGAGUACAUUGGACUUUCCAACUUUGUGGAGGACUACCUGGGUUACGGGACGGGAGAUGUUGGGAAACUUGGCAGUUGGCAAGUUGUAA